AUGCACCCCGAAUCGCGCACUAGCACCAUUUCCCCCGCGGUCACCCGUUUUGCGCCUUCAUUUGCCCACUUCAUUAUUCUGCGCCAUCCCGCGCACUUCUUCCGCCCGCCGCCACAUCAGGGCCGCGGCGCUGGCCGCCAUGAUGCACAGCGCCGUCACCACCGCCUCCAUCGCUGGCGCCUUUCACUCCGCGUGGCCCCUCGUCUGUACGUCCCGCGCCCGCCGCUCACCCCGCCCUCCCUCUGUGUCUUCACUGCCCUCCUCCCUUUUCACCGUGAUGCCGCCCUCCCGUUGUCACGACAAGAUAGGCUGGUGCGGAGCGGAGUGGUGGCGCCGCUGGUGCAGUGGGUGGGGCGGAGCUUCGUGCUGUUCGCGGUCGUGGGGCGCACGCCCGCCCUCCACACGCACGCCGCGCUCUUCGUGCUCCUCGCCGUCUGGUGCUGCUCCGAGGUCAUCCGUUAUCCGCAGUACGCGCUCUCGCUGCUGGGCACGUGUCCGCGCGCGCUGACGUGGCUGCGCUACUCAGCGUUCAUCCCGCUCUACCCCAUCGGCAUGUUCGGCGGAGAAAUGGUGCUCAUCUACAGCGCAAUUCCCUUUGUCAAGGCGGAUCGGCCCCUCGAUUUCCUCUUUGCCGCGCUGCCCUUCGACUGCCACCACGUCCUCAUGGUCAUCCUGGCGGCCUAUCCCCUCUUCUGGCUGCACCUCUACACGCACAUGUUCCGCCAGCGCCGCGCCAAGCUGCACCCCAAGAGCCACAAGGGCGGCAAGAAGCCGCACAAGGCCAUGGCCAUCGUGCCCAUGUCUCCGGAGAUGUUCGCGCAAACCACCCCCGACCGCCCUGCUGCUGCUCCCACGGCCAAGGGUGCAGCGCCUACAGGGGCUGUGGGGGCCGCAACAGCUAUAGGAGGUGGCGCGCUGCUCAAGGCGCCACACACACACGGCAGCGAUGUGCGUCUGCGCCCUGCUGGCGCCUGGCUCUCUGCCGUGGCGGGUCAACAAUAG